AUGGAAUCCUUUCUGAUGCUGCUGCUUUUCUCAGUCAUAAUUUCUUUCUCCUCAGCCCAAUCACAAAACAUAAGCUUGGGUUCUUCUCUCUCUGCUACCCCAAAUAGUAGAGGCCUCAGUUACUGGCUCUCACCUUCGGGUAACUUUGCCUUCGGUUUCUAUCCUCUCAAAGACCCCCAACAAUUCUUAGUAGGAAUUUGGAUGCCGAAAACACCGGAAAAAGUCCUGGUUUGGUGUGCAAACAGAGAUGGUCCUCCCUUUUCAGUUGGUUCUUUUAUCACUCUAUCCAUGAAUGGUGGACACAUCCUAAAUGACAGUCAAGCCCAAUUAGAACCCAUACUCCUUAACUCAGUACCGGCCUUUUCGGCUUCCAUGCUCGAUGAAGGUAACUUCGUUUUAUACAAUUCUGCUUCUCGGGUAAUAUGGGAAAUCUUCGAUUCCCCAACGGACACCAUUUUAUCAGGACAGACACUGAGUACCAUACUCAGCUCUAGUGUAUCAGAAACCAAUCACUCAACCGGAAAAUACCAGCUGAUAAUGCAAAUUGAUGGAAAUCUUGUUCUUUACUAUCUUGCGGAUGGAGCAAAGACGAUCCCCACACUAGCCGAAGCAUACUGGUCUAUGGAAACAUAUGGAAAAGGGAUUGGUGCGACUCUGAAUUUAGCCCAAGAUGCCCAUCUGUAUCUGCUUGAUUCAAAUGGUUCCAACAUAAAGAAUAUCACUAAUUCACAAGAUCGAAGUUCUAAUUAUAGAGCAAGGCUUGAACCAGGUGCUCCAUUGUAUGGUCUGCUCCGAAUGAGCCAUGUGAUGUUUAUGGGCUGCGUGGGACUCUUAAUGGAUGUUACACCAACCUGCUUAUGUCCCCCUGGUUUCGUACUUAUCGACCCAAAUGGGAAUUCUCAGGGUUGUCAAAGGAACUUCACUGGAGAGGAUGAUUGCAGAGUUAAAGAAGGAAUUCAGAGCUGUAUGAUGUUUCCAAGGAAGAAUAUAAAUUGGGCAGAUAAUGCUGUCGAUAUCUUAUCAGCAAGUGAAGAAGAAUGCGAGCAAGCUUGCUUGGAUGAUCGGGCUUGCAUGGCCAUUCUGUUUGAAAACAAUCAAUGCAAGAAACAGCCUCUGCCUUUAAGGUAUAUGAAGAGGAUAACUGGAAGUUCAGUGAAAGCUUUCAUCAAAACAGCAGGACAAAAUUCUUCAGCAGGAAUCAAUGCCAGAAAAGAAGAUGAGGUGAACCUUAAGUCAUUUAGCUAUUCAGAGUUAGAGAAAGCAACUCAAAGGUUCAAUCAAAAGCGUGCUGUGUACUUACUCUCUCUCCCUUGCAACACAAAAGUUGCUGUCAAAAAGCUUGAGAAGGUGAUUGAAGAGGGAGAAAGAGCGUUCCAAACAGAGAUGAAUGUGAUUGGAAAAACCCAUCAUAAAAACCUUGUUCGUUUAUUCGGUUACUGCGACGAAGGCUCUCACAGGCUCUUGGUUUAUGAGUUCAUGAGCAAUGGGUCACUUGCUAGCCUUCUCUACAAAACAGAGUCCCCACUCGAUUGGAUAAACCCAAUAUGUAUUGCUCUAGAUAUAGCUCGAGGGCUAUCAUAUUUGCAUGAAGAGUGUUUGACCCAAAUCAUACACUGCGCCAUAAAGCCCCACAACAUACUUCUUGAUGACUUCCUAACUGCCAAGAUAUCAUAUUUUGGUCUUGCAAACCUUUUGAAGCCCGAAAAAACAAGGACUUUUACUGGGAUUCGGGGCACUAGGGGAUAUGUGGCUCCUGAAUGGUUCAAUAACCAGUCGCUAACCGUCAAGGCAGAUGUGUAUAGUUUUGGGAUCAUGUUAAUGGAGAUCAUAUGUUGUCGAAAAACUCUGGAGUUAGGAGCUCCCGAGGAUGAUUUAUUGAUUGAAUGGGUUUAUAACUGCUUUGAAGCUGAGGAAUUGGAGAAAUUGGAAAGAGUGGCUGAGACUACGGGUGUUGAGAAUAAGAGGUUGGAGAGAAUGGUGAUGCUGGGGUUAUGGUGUGUGCAAGAAGAGCCUGCAUUGAGGCCUUCAAUAAAGAAGGUGGUUUUGAUGCUUGAAGGUACGGUGGACAUACGGCGUCCCCGAAGCCCAAGAUCUUUUAUCAGCUCGACUUAG